CUCGGCUGGGAAGGUCAGGAGAAGCCAAGGGUUGCAUGAAGAAUUAAAGAUGGCAAAAAGUGAUGAUGGCAUACACAUCUUGCAGGGUCUAUUAGUCUUUGGAAAUGUGAUCAUUGGGAUCUGUGGCAUUGCCCUGACAGCAGAGUGCAUCUACUUUGUGUCCAAUCCCCAUGGUCUCUACCCUCUGCUGGAAGCCACCGAAAACAAAGACAUCUAUGCUGGGGCCUGGAUCGGCAUCUUUGUUGGCUUUGCACUCUUUGCUCUGGCUAUCCUUGGUAUCGUUGGAGUCAUUAAGGCCAACAGGACCUUGCUACUGGUGUAUAUUAUUCUGAUGUUGAUCACUUAUGCCUUUGAAAUGGCUUCUUGCAUCACAGCGGCAACUCACCGAGACUUUCUCACUCCAAAUUUCUUCCUGAAGCAAAUGCUGGAGAGGUAUCAGAAGUCAGGGACAGGCAAUAGCAAUGAGAAAUCGCCGGAUGAAAGGCUUACAGAAACAUGGGAUAAUCUCAUGCUUCAGAACAAGUGCUGUGGGGUGCACGGCCCCAGCGACUGGCAGGAGUACACGUCUGCCUUCCGUGUCGAGCACAACGACGCCGACUUCCCUUGGCCACGCAGUUGCUGUGUCAUGAAUGCCCAAGGGUCUCCUGUCAACCUGGAUGGUUGCAAGCUUGGAGUCUCUGGCUACUACAACAGCAAUGGUUGUUAUGACGCCAUUUCUGGGCCAAUGAAUGCACAUGCCUGGGGUGUUGCCUGGUUUGGUUUCGCCAUCCUCUGCUGGACUUUCUGCGUCCUCCUUGGUACCAUGUUCUACUGGAGUCAGAUUGAUUACUGAAGACCCAGUCCUCAGCGCUGCCCUGAAGCACCAUGUGAAACUGCAUCUGUUCAUCUCUUGCUCCAUCCUUCUUGUGCCAUGGAGGGUUUGAAGUUUUCCCACCACCUCUCCCAUAUAUGUAUUUUUGCCCUUCUAAAAACUUGACACACAGAGAUGGUGACUCCAGAAAAGAAUCUUCUUGUUCUUUCCCCCUUGUUCUGCAGCUUUAUUGCCUCCUGGAUGAGGCACAGUCCUUUUGCUGUGCAAGAAAUCCUCCCAGCAUAAAAUAAGAAGUGGUUGGACUUGAUGAUCUCAAAGGUCUCUUCCAACAGUUCUAUGAUCCUAAGUGAUCUGAUUUGCUCUGCGAUGCCAUCAGAAAGGAACAUGUCCAUGUAUGCUUGUUCCAGAAAAACCUCUCUCUAAAACCAUGUUGAAUCUAAGUCUCAGUGGUAAGACUCUGGUAAGGGCUAUGUGAGCAAAACUCUUAACCUCUUGCAACCACUUGUCAUAGGUGCUGCAAGAGAGAAGGCUGCAGACCUUUCUAAUACACUUUGUCAUUCAGCUUCUGUUCCUAGUCUCUGUCAGUCCUUGCCUCAGAAUAAGGCAGAUUCUCUAAGAGUUUAAGUGUGUCAGCAGUAAAGAUAAGCCUCAGAUAAAAGAUCUGUUGCUAGUCUUGCCGAAUGAAAGGUCAUCUCACUCCUCAGCAAUGUGCUGCCUGUGUUCAAGCCUACCUCCUGCCACUGAUGAAACCACUGCAUGUGCUCCUCCCUUAAGAAGUGCCAGUCCAGAAAAAGCUUCACUUGCUACCAAGUGACUCCUUCAAAGAGCUGUUAUGUACUUCACUCAAGUUUUCACAAACCUGUGGGCUAGAUUAUGUGCAGAAUAGGAGGGGUCCUGUGUCCUAGUUGGCUUUGGUGAAGUGGCUGUCCCAUGCCCCUAGAUUAUGAUACUUCCUGCUUCAGCUACUUGCAUGCAUAUGGUCACAUCUGCUGUGUAGCACACCUUCCACAUCCCUGGAUCACGUAGAACAAGAGGCAAACAAUGGCACUGAGUGACUCCUGGGAAAAAGGCAAGCACGGAGUUAAUUGAACCAAAUCCAGUCCUUGCAGCAGCAGCUACAAUUCUCACUCAGUUCAAUAGGAGCUGUUUACUUUGGCCCAAACUGAGAUGUUGUCCUUCCUAGUGAACAGUUUAGUUACAUAUGUCACGUGAAAUAUCUCCUGUAUAGAGCAUUUUAAAGUGAGGCCUCUUCCUAAGGUGCACUGGGUUCAGGCCCUGACACUUGCCAGCUGCCUUGA